AUGUCGUAUAAACCUGUUGAGAUUUCUGGAAAGUUCGGCUUUGGUACAAUGUCUAUGACUUGGACACCAACACCACCACCAACACAACAAUCCAUUGAUACAUUGAAAUUUGUGACAUCACAUCCAAAAUUUGGAACCAAAUUGAUCAAUGGUGGUGAGUUUUAUGGUCCAGAUUUUGCAAAUUUGAAAUUAUUAAAGCAAUUUUUAGAAGAAAAUGAUCCUGAAGAAAAUAAACAAUUGAUUAUUUCCAUCAAAGGAGGGGCUGAUAAUCAAACUUUGAAGCCAGAUGGUAGUAAAGAAUUUGUUUCAAAAUCAAUUGAAAAUAUUGUGUCAUUUUUCCCAAAACAAAAUAGACCUAAAUUAUUAUUCGAAAUGGCCAGAGUUGACCCUUCUGUUCCAUACGCAGAAACUAUUGGUUACAUCAGUGAGUACGUGAAACUGGGUAUUAUUGAUGGUAUUUCCUUAUCUGAGGUUGGUAAAGAAUCCAUUCAGGCGGCUUUGAAAGUGUUUCCAAUAUCAUGUGUUGAAUUGGAAUUGUCAUUGUUUUCACAAGAAGUCAUUACCACGGGUAUAUUGGAGGAAUUAUCGAAGCACAACUUGCCACUUAUUGCAUAUUCACCAUUGUGUCGUGGUCUUUUGACUGAUUAUGCAGUUGAGAAUUCCGAUACUUUUUUGGCAUCAAUCCCGGAAGGUGACAUUAGACAUCAUUUGGACAAAUUUCAACCGGAAAUCUUUAACAAAAACUUACCAGUUUUAAAAGAAUUGUACAAAUUUGCUCAUGAAGUUAAAAAUACAACCUUAGAGUCUUUGGCAUUGUCAUGGAUUGUUAAAGUUUCCGAAGCAAGAAACUUUCGAGGUAUUGAAAAAGUCACUAGAAUUUUACCAAUUCCAUCUGGAUCAACAAAGAAAAGAGUUGAGUCUAAUUUUGGGAGCUUGAUAGAGUUAACUGAUAAUGAUUUACAAUCGAUUGAUGAGAUUUUUGCAAAGCAUCCAAUUAGUGGGUUGAGAUACAAUCAAUAUCUUGAAGGAACUCUUUUCCAAUAA